AUCCGAGGAUUGUACACCUGUAUACAAUCACAAUCACUCUAUAUAGGUGUGUGGUCUAAGGCUACAGUGUUAUGCCUGACUCUUCCUGUCCCACCUUCUGUUUGGCAAACCCAGGGUCGAUGACAAACACGACGCCAUCAAUAGAUUCCUCGAUUUCCUGUGGGAGGACGGGACGAGAGGAGAGGCGAGAUGAAAACGAAAGAGAG